ACAGCUGCAGCCAUGGAUCUCAGAGGUGCUUGCCUCCUGCUCGGAGUUCUGCUUCUCUCCCACUUCUCAUCCCAACAGAUGAUGUCAAAGAAGAAGCUGGUGAAGAAAGAGACCCCAAAAGAUGGAGCCAUUGAAGAACUCAGAAAGCAAAUCGAUGACAUUUUGAAGGAGGUGAAUCUUCUGAAGGAGCAGCAGGCUUUGCAAACAGUUUGUUUGAAGGGAACCAAGAUUCAGGGGAAAUGCUACUUGGCCGACCCCAUGAAGAAGCGUUACCAUGCAGCCAGCGAGGACUGCAUCGCCAAGGGUGGCACGAUCAGCACCCCACUCUCCCUCGAUGAGAAUGACAAGUUGUACGACUACAUGCGCCAGACCAUUGGGUCCGAUGACGAAAUCUGGCUGGGCAUCAACGACAUGCUGACCGAGGGCGUCUGGGUCGACCAAACCGGGUCCACCCUGCGCUACAAGAACUGGGACACUUCCUUUAAGGGGGAUCGCACCAUGAAUUGCGCAGUGCUCUCUGGGUCAAUGAAUGGGAAGUGGCUGGACGAGAACUGCCGCGAAGAGAGGGCGUCCGUGUGCGAGUUCAACAUAGUCUGAUAAUGUUAGAAGUUGCCCCAUAAAAAAGUGCUUUAUCGAGGCUUGAGACGCACACACACACCUUGCUUUUUCUUGCCUCUGUCUGUCAAAUGCUACGUUAUUGCACCUUGCUUCCAUGACCAUGUAAUUAUACCUUCUUCACUUUGGUAUUUCAAAAUGACACAGUGGUCUUUCAAUGUGGAGAUUUCACAUUUUGUUUUUCCACAUAAUUAGAUAAGAAUGAACUCCAAAAAGGCACACAUGCACUGAAGGGGCUUUGUGGUGUAAAACAAAAAAGUGAUAGGCCUAAAUUUGACUGAACUAACCAAUGUUUUGAACAUAGAUGUGAAAUGUGCCGGUGGUAGCUUAGUGGUUAAGUAGAUGGGCUAGCAUGCAGCAGCUUGAAUAGUUGUGGGUUCAAUUUCCGGCUUUCACCAUUGUGCCCUUGAGCAAGGCACUUGACCCCUCAGUUGCUCUGGAGUGUCUGGAUGCACAAGUGCAUCAGUUCAGUCAAAUCAAGAAGUCAUGGCAAGUGCUUCCCUUUUCUCUGCAGCUCAGUCUGAAUUUAACGAUGCUUAUUUCAGAAUGCUAGUCUUCUUCUAUUUUGUUUGUUUUUUAACAAAGUCUUGUCUAGCCUGAACUAAACUGAAUAUGUACAUUUUGCACUGUUGAAGAUAUAUACGACUUUAAUGAAUAAACAUUUGCUGGGCAAAUCACCACUGGCUCAAAUAGAGCAAAAGUUUGUUCAACACACUAACCUCAAAAAAUACAAAGCACACCACACUUACUCCACAUUCCAGGAAGACAACCAAGGCGUAUCCAGCAGAGAGACACACAGAUGCAGCCAAA